UGGCGCGAGCCAGAUAACAAGCAAAUAAAACGGCAGCCGUCGGACUCUGGGCAUUGCUUAGUGCUGCGCCGAGCGUCCCAGCAGAACCAUGGCCCGACUCUUGUGUGCGGCUUUCGCCCUAGCCCUGUUGGCUGUGGGGAUUGCGGCUUCGCCGUUUUCGGUGGGCACAGAUCCGAACAGGUUCAUCGUGACGUUCGGCUUGGUCCCCGACCCCUUCCACUACUACAACUACUUCACGAUGCCCAGGACCGUGAAGGAGGCCAUGCAGGACCAUUUCAGCUCUGUUCGCACCUCCAAUGACAGCACUUCCAUCUGGUGCCGCAAAAACGACUACCGCGUCUGCGUCAUCUUCGACGCGCUCGGCACCGUCGCUGGAAUUCAAGUGUCGGUUGCUGUCAAAGAAAUCGAGGCCAUUCCCCAUGCUAAGAACAACUUGCCCGAAUGGACUCGUCAAACUUUCCUCGGUGAAGACGUCUUCAGUGCCACUACGUACUUCGUAUCUAAAGGCCUGCUGGAAAACGGUGGCCGGACCAUCUCCGAAAAGGACCACACCGCCCCCAAUGGCAUCUACAUCCUGCAAACGGACAGCGAGGGGAAGGAGACAUCUCGCCUGCACGUGCCCAUUGAGGAAUCUGGGGCCACCGGGGCUGGCUUCACCACUCAGAACUGCUUCUACGGCAUGGGCAAACACUACUUCCAGGAGCUUUCUGAGAAGACUGUUUGCGAAUCACACCGUCCCUACUUCAUGCUUUACAACCCCAAGUCCAAGAACCUUCAAGGUUUCGGACUUGGAAUGUACGGCAAACCCAGCCAGGGUCGCGGCUGGUUUGAAGCGCCAUCGGCUUCGGUUGCCAAGAGUAUCGCUCCGAACUCUCCGGAAUGUAUGACCAAGUGGAUCGACAACUACGGAUUGUUCACCUUCCACAUUUACUUCGUUGCCAGGCCGUGGUUCAUUUUCUGCUAAACCCUGUCGCUGGGAUUGGCAGUUUUGCUUCGCACAUGCCGAGGAGUUCCAAAUCGUUGAAGGCACAGUGAAGAAGUACGCCAUCAUAUCCAAAACAUCGGCAACGCGCAAAAUAAAUCAAAGCGCAGUUGUUUUCUUAAAAUUAAAGUAACCGCUUGUUUCUCUGCUCAUUCGAAAUAUAUUGGAUGUGUUUCCUGACUAAAUAA